AUGGACACAAUCAUCGACUUGUCCGACGCCUCCAGGGCCCUGGACCUGGCCAACAUCCGCUUCCAGCUCAUCCGGCUGGAGGAGACCAUCAUCUUCCACCUGAUUGAGCGGGUGCAGUUCCCCUACAACAAAUCCAUCUACACGCCGGGGGCCAUCGAGAUCGGCCAGGAGCCCGGCGACAGCUUCAUGGACUGGUACCUGCGGAAACAGGAGGAGCUGCAGGCCCUGAUCCGCCGCUACGAGUCGCCAGACGAGUACCCCUUCUUCCACCAGACGGCUAAGGUCAAGCCCGUGCUGGCGCCCCUGGAGUACCCCAAGAUCCUGCACGCCAACGACGUCAACGUCAACGACAAGAUCCGCCAGUACUACGUCGAGACCUUCCUGCCCGGCGUGUGCCCGGACUUUGGCCGCGAGGACCGCGGCGAGUCCAAGGAGAACUACGGCUCCUCGGCCACCUGCGACAUCGCCUGCCUACAGGCCAUCUCGCGCCGCAUCCACUUUGGCAAAUUCGUCGCCGAGUCCAAGUUCCGCUCCGAGCAGGACCACUUCACCGCCCUGAUCCGCGCCGAGGACCGCGACGGCAUCGGCAACGCCAUCACCAAGCCUGAGGUCGAGAAGCAGGUGCUCAAGCGCCUCAAGCAGAAGGCCGAGACCUAUGGCCGGGACCCCGCCGCCCACGGCAACGGCGAGGCCACCAAGUCCAAGAUCGACGCCGACAAGGUCGUCGAGAUGUACGAGCAGUUCGUCAUCCCCCUGACGAAAGAGGUCGAGGUUGAGUAUCUGAUGCAGCGUUUGUUAUGA